GUGACCUUUAAGUGAUUUCUUCAGUAAACGCAAAGUUUACAGGUUGAUAUUUUAGUGUUGUCAUGCGUAACUAAAUCGGUAAUAGCAGAAGUGAUAUUCGAUUCUUAUUAAAAACAAUAUUGUGCGAGCACUGUCGAAGAUGAGUGGGAUGUCGUGAUUGUUUACUAUGUUAAACUGACUUUCAGCUGAGACAUGUUAUUUUGAAAGUCAUGGUCGUGCUGCUGUCUUGGUGUGCAGUAUGAUUAGCGCGGGAAACGAGUAAAGUAAUGUAUUUUCAGCUGUCCAAGGUAACUUUGUACCAACAGUUUGUCAUAUUGAGUGUUAAAUUUACAACGGUGUUUAUUGGGAAAUGAUUCAUGUAAACAGAUAUUUUCAUGGAAAGAAAUAGUAUUAUAGGAGCGAAAAUUUUGUGACAGCGAUGUCAAGUAUGUUCCAGAAACUCUUACCUUCUUUGUUAUCCUACAUGAUGUUGUGCAAUCAAAACAAAGAUUUUGUUGUUGUCUAGGCAACACUGUAUUGCAACAUGUUGUUUUUGGACGCUUGCUGAUAAGAAUGAAGGAAAUUAUGAAACACAGAGACGGAUUGCACGAUGUCAUCUUCAUUAUUCCAUUGUAUUCUUGGAUUUUAAUGUACCAUUUAGACAAAAGCUUUUAGAAGUUAGCUUUCAUGAGCAAAAUAAAUGACAUAAGAGACAAUAAAAACAUGGCUGAUCCUUUUUAUACAGGGGAAUUAUUUAUUGACCAGGGAGUAACAGUGAAGCAAGAGCCAUUGGUAAUGGACAGCACUAGUAGCACAACAGCUAGUGUCCCAAUACCACAUCGUAGAGGCAUGGAUCUUUCAGAUUUUAGAGACUUUGGAUUUGACUUUGUGGAUAUCUCCUCACCAUCUUCUGUAUCUCAAGACAAUACACCAAAUGCUACCAAUAUUGUUAGUGUCACAGAACUGUAUGCAGAGUCUCCAGUGUGGACCACAAAAUUGCCUAGUGAUUGUGAAACCAGUAGAAGUGAUACAUUUCGAAUGGAUGAUGAUGAUAUCUUCCAAGUUGAUAAAGCAGAUCUUAUUCAAGGACCUACACUUGCAGAAUUGAAUGCAAAUGAUGAGAACUUGUUGGAUGAUUUGAAUUUUGAUGAUCUGUUAUUGCCAGAAGAAAAUAGCUACUACAUCAAUGUGCCGCCUUUUGCAUCACAGUCAAGGACAGGUGCUGCUCCUCCACUUGUCCAAGUCACAAAUGUGAACUCUAAUUUAGGAAAUAAUAAUGAAGCACAACUUUCCCAGAGCCUUGUUCCAUCCUCAUUUCCACCAGCUGGACUUGGUUUUUACAAGGAUGCAUUCAGUGUAUCGUCAAGUGUGCCAUCCAGCCCAUUGGACGUUUUUUUGAGUGGCAAACCUAGUAAUGGUGUUCAGACAGUUGAUGCUCUUUCACCAGGGAGUCAAAACAGCUCUAGUUCUUCGUUGCUUCUUCAUUCAGCAGCAUCGUCUGUCACCCCUCCACCUCUUGGAGUCAGCCCAUUGCAGCAGAAACACAGUACCCUACAUGAACUUUUACUCAAAAAGGAAACAUACUCUUCAGCAUCACCGGAGAGGCAGCUUUUUGUUCAGUCAGUUCCAGGACCACUCAGCCCAACUAACUCUGUAAGUCCUGUCCCAGAAGUGCCAUCAGGUAGUAGAAUAACAAGAAGUGGUAAUACAGGAUAUGGAUCAAGAUUAUCGUCGUCAGCUCCAACUCAUCUUGGACUGGAACAAAUUUGGCAGCGCAGGGAACCUCGGCAGCAUCUUCUUUCUACUGGAUCAUUAGCUGAAGCAGGAUCCACUUCUUCAAUCUCUACAGGUGGUAUUUUAAGCCCUGAGUCUCAUGAAUUUUCUCAUGAUGAGGGGUUUGAUUCUGAAGAUGACAGCGAUCAUUAUGAGGACUUCUCUUCAGAUGCAGAUUCAAGUGAUGGAGAAGAUGGACCUUCACGAUCUAUGUCAAAGAAAGAACGUUACUUCUGGCAGUAUAAUGUACAAGCGAAAGGACCAAAAGGGCAGCGGCUUGUGCUUAAGACAAAGCUGGAAGACCCACAUGUCCUGAAUGAAGUAACAGAUCCUGUAUUUAGUCCUCAGUGCUCAGUUCGAGGCAUUAAGCACAGUGGGAAAGCAAGAAAGGGCGAUGGAAAUGAUCUCACUCCAAAUCCACGUAAACUAUAUAAUAUUGGAAAAGAAUUGGACAAACUGAACCGGAUUAUUAAUGAUAUGACUCCAGUCAGUGAACUGCCCUUCAAUGUGAGGCCCAAAACACGCAAGGAAAAAAAUAAGCUAGCUUCCAGAGCUUGCCGACUUAAGAAGAAAGCUCAACAUGAGGCUAACAAGUUGAAAUUAUUUGGACUGGAAAAUGAGCACAAAAGGUUAAAUAUGGGAAUAUCCCAGGUGAAACAACUUCUGGCGACAAAGUGCACUACCGAAAAUCCCGAAAAACAAGAAGAACUGACUAGACAAAUCGAGAAGAUAAGCAGAACUGUGACAAAAUUCAAGAUUGCUGGUCACACAACAGACUUUGUCAAUAAAGUAUUGGAGAAAAUGAAAAAUGGUGUACCAAAUGGUGGACUGGAUGACCUUCAGAGUAUACAUAUGUAAUGUAUCCAGGUAUGUGGGAAUGGAUGACAAUAGUGUUACGAUGAUUAUGAUAAAAAGUGUUAUGAUAACGCUGGAAAAAGUAAUUUCAAUGCCCAUUUUAUGUACUGCAACUUUGGCCACUACUGAGUAAUUGUAAAUGUAAUGUAAAAACAGUGGCCAAAGUGCUCUUACAUAUAUAGUGUUACUUAGUAAGUAGUGUCACUGUGCUGAUUCAAAAAUAUUGUGCUGUAUGUAAAACUUUUUAUGCUCUGUUUCCUUACUAAUUGUAUUAUAUUCAUUGAAUAAUCCCCACAUAAUGCCAAAUAUAUUGUGCCCUGAGACAGUAUAGAUAGAUAUACAUUGACACUAACUGUAUAUUAAUUCUUGCUUACUUUUUUGACUAUAAUUCUUGAGCAUAAUAAAUAAAAAUGGCCAUAAAUACCUAUUUUGGCUGCUUUCCGUGCAUGUAUGCUCAAAAUUUAAAAUUGUUAAUACUAAUGUACACGUUAUUUAACAUGCCCAACUUGGAAGGUAAUGAUGUGUUUACAGUAUUUUCUUGCACAGAGCGUAGUCACAGUUUCAUGUAAUUUUUUAAACCGUGAUUCUUUUGUUUUACGAAAGCUUCAAGCUUCCUUAAUGAGAACAGGUUCCAUGGCUUUAUGGAUUAAAUGUACACUGUAUCUUGAAGCAUUUGUUCGUAGUUACUUUUCAGCAAAUACAUGGAUGUCUGUGCUAAACAAGUUAUUGAUAAGGAUUCAGACACAAUUGCUUCACUUUGUUUAAUACUCCUUUAUUUUUAAAUGAUUGUAAGAUACAGCUACAAUGCACAGUAUGUGUAACUGUCAUAUGUUACAUGAUCAGUUUUAGAAGUUUCCUGUCUUUAAGAGAAUGCUGUCAGAAGAGAUUUUUCAUAAUAUAUGUUUCUUGAACCUCUACCCUCAGUGUCUAGCCUGUAUUGCAGAUCCUACUUCGAGGUCUCCUUUGUGGAUGCAGAAAGUGUCGCAUUUAUAGUAUUUAUGCCAUCUUCCUCUCAGCUAAUUGUCUGUGUAGUGCUCUUCUUUCCCCUGAUUUCCAGUUCUAACCAAUGUCGUUUUCCUCAGUUCGGGGAGUAGCUAAACAGCUUAUAAGUCUACAGAAAGGAAGUGUGGUGCCUGCUCUCAUUAGCAUUAUAUGAAGGUGCUGAAUGGCAAAAAUGGUCAACUUUCUGUCAUAUGUAAGUUUGUGAUUGUGACUGAUGUGCAAUAAAAUACAAAAAUAUUUAAACCAAAUCGAGAGUAUGCAGUGUGUUACUUGUUCAGUCAACUGUAUUGAUAGUGAUGAAAAAAAUUUUAAUCCUGCUGUCCAGUAUUUAAUUUUAUUCGCUUGCUUCAUAUUUUUAUAACAUUGACAUGAUGGCAUUGCAAAUAAACUUUUUUUUGCUACUGUUAACUUCACAUUGAGAUGAAGCUGUCUGACUGACAGCCACUAAAAAUAAUUGUCAUAUGUAUUUCAUAUGUGGGCUUCUAUAUGUUUUACAUGGAGUGUUGGAAGAAAAAUUUUUAAUCCAAAUGUUGGUGUUUACUGAUUAUGCUGAGCUAUUGGCACGUGCAUGCCUUGACAUAAAUAUAAGUUAAUUUUGACACAAAAUGAAACAUGACUGUUCUCUAUUAUCAGGUACCGUGAACUGUUAAAAACAAGCUUGCAAAGUUGGUCUCAUUGUGAAUAACAAAAUGCUAAGGUGUCAGUAUUGCCCAUUUAUCACAGUUAGCAUAUCAGUUCGAUAUAGUGCUUUCUCACUACUUCUUUUGAUAAUUCUUUAAGUGAGCAGUUCUUAAUAAUGACUAAUAUUGAAGAAGAAACUAUUAUACACAAUAUCUGGGACAUAUUUAGUCAUUCAGAACAAAACAUAAAAGCAAAGGCAGAAAAUGCCUAUUUUUGAUUGUAAGAGGAAGGACAAAAAUAAUGUAUGGUGUUUAGUAAAUAACGAAGAAAUCAGAAGGAUUAAGUAGAAUUUAUAACAUUCAAUUACUCAAUGUUAGUUUGAUAACUGUAUUCUGCAGUGGAACAAUUAUAUAAUCAUAGAGCUAAAUAUACCCUGUGAAUAUAUUUCAUAUACAUUUUUAUCAAUAUUGUAAUGUAUAUUCUCAGAUAUGUAUAAAUUUGUGGGAAGCAUUAUCUAGUAGGUAUCAGGUAUAGUAUUUUGAUGGAAUGCAAAUUGCCAUUUGGAUAUAAAAGUAUUGCUUCUAUGUGUAUAAACAUUUAAUAUUCAUCUAAAAAUCACCUACAAGACAUUUAAAUAAAUGUUAGGAUUGAAUGGUUGUUUGCAAUUACUUGUAGUAUGUAGGUAAUUAACAGAAUGAGGAUACAGAAGGAAACCUAUGUAUGAUUUCAAAGUUGCUUUCACAUCUAGAGUGGAAACUGUAUUUUGCUACUUAUUUUUUUUUCUUUUUUAAAUAGUUAGAAUAAUUGUGUAUAAUUUCAAAUUCCAGUAGAGGUGAAAUUGGUGUGAUAUCAGCAAAUGAAUGCCAUUGUGGGUAUCAUAAUUGGCUCUUUACUGCAGUUUGACACAAACAGGGAAUGGGGAGAAAUUAUAACAGUAUUUUUCUUUUUGUUUUUGCUUACUUCUGGGCAGAGCAUAAAGAGCAGUGAAUAAUAAGGUAAUUUGUAACAGUACUGUUCGCUGUUGUAGCACUAAGAUUUUUUCAUCAUAGUGUGUGACUUCACAAAAUGUGAUAGUGAAUUGUGAUAUUCUAUACAGAUGUGUGUAUUUAUAUAUUCGUAUUUUGAAGAUGUGCAAGGAUAUUUUUUAGUACUUUUUAGAUUAUUGAUUUACAAAUUUAGAGAGAUGUAAGAGGAAUGAAUGUGAAGAAAUAUUUAUUGUACAGUUUUACAGAAAACCACUAUUUUCAGAAUUUUACAGGUAGAUAAUGCUAUGAAACAGUGUCUAAUAGGAAGCUGAAUUUAUUAGUGUUAUACUGGUUUCAGUAUUUGUAAAUAAAUGACCUUUUUUUUUUAAUUUUCUAGAAGCAAAGUAAUUGCAAUUUAUAAUAUUAUAUUUUCUUUAUUAAGUUGAAUCUGUAAUUAGCAAGGUAGCAACAAGGUUCUUGCACUGCUUCUUUUUAUAUUGCUAUCUGAAUAUGGUACAGUAUCAAGCUGAUUACUUAUGCUGCUAUACUGUCUGCAUUUUGCUGAUCACAAACUGUGCAGUAACUUAAUAAAUAGUUCCUAAAAGUAUACAUGUCCAAUGUGUACAUAAUUUCUGUAGUGUGGCAAUUGUUGUUACAUGCAAACUUAUAUGUAAUGAGACAUUAUUUAUGUGUUUGUACAGUACUUACAAAAGUUUAUUUCUGUUCUGAAAGUUUUUUGUGUAUAUGUGUGCUUUAAAAUUAUUAUUAUUAUUAUUAUUUUUUUUUUACUCUGACAUGAAUCGGCUAACAUUCUUUGUAUCGUACAUGGCCUCCAUAUCUGUAGUAUUUGUCAAAUUUAUGUAUUACUUCAGAGCCAGAACAUAUUUUUAUAAAGUGUCAACUAGUCAUACUAUUCAGUCAUAUUGUAUGCCAGCUAUGUAAAUAACUAUUUUAAUGCACAACUGAUAAUUGUGAUGUUAUGUAAAUAGAUACAAAUUUUAAUUUACUGCCUUCAUGUACAAAAAAUCUUGUUAAAUGUUAAUAAAUGACUGCUGUGUUUUGAAGCCAUAAACAUCUUCCUGUUUCCUUAUAUGUGCACAUUUCAUGUACAAUUCUAACCCAUUUUUGUGGCUGAUUGAAUAUGAUUGUUAGAUUACCUGUUCCUGUUUGUAUCCAGAAAAUGCAUCUGUCAUUGUUAUUUCUUUGAAAGCGAACUUGCUUUCUUGUAAGAGAUGUUCACAUUAUUGUGGUGAUGCGUAGGUAGAAACUUCUGGAAAUCGUACCGUGUAAGACAGUCUCUGAAUUGUUGAUUAUCCCUGUGCAAUAUAUGCAAUAUACAGGCAUCAAUAUACCUAAAUAAGUUCUCAGUUUAUUCACAAGAUUUCUAAGGUUGACACUAAUUCUUUUCUCAAUUAGUUUUCACGUGAAGGCUAAUUUGUUCACCCAGUCACAAACUGAAAUGUCUUGUAAUUUUUACUCAAAUUUUGGCAUAAUUUUAGGAGGUUAGUGUUAGAGAAGUGAACUUUCAGGACAUACUAUAUUUUUUAUAACAUAUUAUUUUACUCUCAAAAGAUUUGUGGUAUCCGUACAUUUGAACACACAACAUGCAGAAAACCAGGUAAUUAUAGUUCUAUCAAGUCAAUCUGUUGUGAGUUGUUCAUUCCCAUCGUUUAGCAAAUUUGUGGGUCAUAACAUUUUAUUUGUGCAAAAUUGUUUUUGCACAUUAUCAGCACUGAAUCCCUAACAGGUACCCCCCCCCC